GAGAGUGCUGGUCCUGUCGCUCCGUACUCCAGGAGGCUUUGAUCCCUUUGAUCGGAAUGCCUUCGCAACACUACCAAUUCCAGAGAUUGCGGUCUGUGGUCGUACUUUCUGGUGUUCUUCUGGCGAAGAUCGCUACCUCCGAACGCAGCUGGGGCGAUCUGCACAUCGAUGGGGAUAGGAGCUGGCAGACCACCACUCUGCCUGAGUCGGAAGGUGAAGAGACAUCGAGCCCGGGCUCGCAGGGCUCGAUCGCCUAUGCGGCGCUCCAUGCACGGACCGAAGCCUUCCUGAAGGCAUCGCGCAACUACCAAGUUGCUGUGAAGGGUCCCUUGAUGGAUGCCACCGAUGUCUAUCUGCAACAAAAGGAGAGAUACGAACACUUCGCCCACAAUCUGGACAAGGGGGAAAGGCAACAGCACAAGUUGAUCCAUAUGAUGCGCUCGAGCCUACGGAAACAUCAUGGGCACAAGAUGGAAGAAUUUCAAAAGACUUUAGAAGCUGAAAGAGCGGAAAAGAAGGCAACAGGCGAAGAUGAGAACGAAGACGAGGACGAAGAUGAGGAUAGUGAUGAGGCGGAGGAUUCAACGGAGGAAAGUGGAGACUCAGGGUCCACGGAAUCAGAGGGUGAGGAAGGCAGAGAGGAAAGAAGCGAUGAAAGCGCUCCCCCAGCGGAUUCGGACAGCAAGGAGAACAAGGAUGAACGCGAGAAAAAAAGCAAAGAAUCUGCUGCUCCCAAUGCCAACAGUGAGGAACAUCACGAGACUCCUGAGAACGCAAACAGUGAGGAACACCACGAGAAUCCUGAAAAGGAAUCGAAAGCCAAGGAUGAAAGUGAGAAAAGAAGCAAAGAAUCUGCUGCUCCCAAUGCCAACAGUGAGGAACAUCACGAGACUCCUGAGAAUGCAAACAGUGAGGAACAUCACGAGAAUCCUGAAAAGGAAUCGAAAGCCAAGGAUGAAAGCGAGAAAAAAAGCAAAGAAUCUGCUGCCCCCAAUGCCAACAGUGAGGAACAUCACGAGACUCCUGAGAACGCAAGCAGUGAGGAACACCACGAGAAUCCGGAAAAGGAAUCGAAAGCCAAGGAACAGAAGCUGUCCGGAAAAGAAGCAGAUGUAUCCAAGGGAUGUGAUGCGCGGCGAAAGGCCAAACAAGGCACUGAGGAGUGGUGCAGAUGCAAUGCCAAUGCCGAGCUUAUUAAGACUAGAUCGCCCUGUGAAGAUCAAGGGGGUGGCCGGAAAAAUGCCUGCGUUUGGUCCGUUGAGACACGUUCCUGCAUCCCCAGAAAGCGAGGAAAGCCUUGGAAUUAA